AUGGACGGCUUAUCACCUUGCGAACAUAUCGAAUCCAUCAUGGAAGAAUAUCGAAUAAAUAGGGAGCUUGAACGUAAACGAAAAAAACAAGUGGAGGUAUUCACGGGCAGCGUAUCGAAUAUAUCAAAUAUAGUUACUCCAAAGAAGCGUGGUGCUCCGCCAACCUUUGUUACUCCUUGCUCUUCAGCUAAAGUAGCGAAAGUAAAGCCACUUACACGAUUUGAUCAAACAACAUCAAAGGCUCCAGACACACUAUUAUCACACAUGAAAUCUGUCUCAGCAAGUACAGCAAGCCUUCACUCGGUGAUCACACCCGUACGGCCACCAACGAUUGGUCCAAAAACUUCGUCGCCAUUGAGAUCGGCCGACAAAGAAACAAGAAGACGCUUAAAAGGGUUUAAUCUUCCACCGAUAUAUAAGACACCGAAAAAGUAG